GUGGGUCCUCCUUUAGCUUUGGAAGGUGAAACAGAAGUUAGAAGAGAACCUGCUGACGCAUGCAGAAGGCCAAAGCAGCCCGCAUCUCUGCAUCGUGAAUGGCACAGAAAACAUAGAGAAGUGACAAGCUGGGGGUGUCUUGGCUCAGGACGCCUGGAUUCUCCAAAGACAGCCCUUUUCAGGUUUCUGAUCGAAGCACCCGGGAGCUCCCUCCACUGGCGCUGCGGGAAGCUUUAGCCAAUCCAAUGCACCCUGACAACAAACUGCCCAGCCAUGGCAAGGCAGGCAGCAGCGGUGCCCCGGCCCAGCACCACAACGUGAGCCAAGCACCCACCUGCAGCCUGGGCUCUAAGGGCGUAGGUGUGGGCAGCCAUGGCAGCAAGGCCAGUCAGAUCUCUCCUGGCAACUCUGGACUGAAAACCAGCCAGAACACUGUCCCAAACUUCAGUUCUUUGAAGGGCAAGGUGAAACGGGAACGAAGCAUCUCGGUGGACUCUGGAGAACAGCGAGAAACCAGCACCCCUUCACAGGACGCAGAAUCUAAAGGUGAGGUGGCUCCCCGCAGCAAGAGGCGGUGCGUGCUGGAAAGGAAGCAGCCAUACAGUGGGGACGAAUGGUGCUCUGGACCAGACAGCGAGGAGGACGACAAGCCCAUCAGCAGUGCACACAACUGUAAUGUACCAGAUCCUGCGAUGUCCACGGCCCCACAGCUUGGCCCAGGGUCCAACCCGCUGCCGAACCUGACUGAGACAAGCACUUCCAGCGUGCCCCAUGGUGCUGCCCCCGGCCUGCGCUCAGAUGCUGCAGGAGGCGGAGGCAGUGGGACAGGAAAGCAGCCCUCACAGUUCGUUUACGUCUUUACAACGCACCUUGCUAACACAGCUGCAGAAGCUGUCCUUCAGGGCCGAGCGGACUCCAUUCUGGCCUACCAUCAGCAGAAUGUCCCACGGGCAAAGCUAGACCAGGCACCAGCUCCUAAAGUGCUGGGGAUUGCUGAGCCACUUCCGAUUAACCCUCCUGCUGCCAACACUCCACAGUCCCAGCCACCGGCACCUCAGGCAAGUCAGCCGCAGCCUCCUCCACCGCAGCCUCCGCCCCCACCUCAGCCCAUUGGUCAAACAGCUUUGCCUGCACCCAGCAGCAUCCCCCAGGAAGGGACAAGUGAAGAUGUCCGAAGAGAUCUGACUCCCAAUUCUUUGGGGAACAACAAUAACAGCAACCAGCCCGGAAGCAACCACCCAAACACACCCACCGCAUCUGCUAACACCAUGCAGCCUGGGCAAGUGGACUCCUCCACCACAUCUAGCUCCAGCCUCCUUGGGGAAGGCCCAGGCCCAGGGAUGCCAGGGAAUGGGCAGGCAGGCCUGGGCCCCAGGAACCCCAUGAACUCUGAAGGGCUCUCAAAGGAGCAGCUGGAGCACCGGGAGCGCUCUUUGCAGACCCUGCGGGACAUUGAGCGUCUGCUGCUGCGCAGCGGGGAGGCUGAGUCCUUCAUAAAGUCCAGCCAGAACACAGGAGAGGGUGCGACUGCCCCUCAGCCACAGGCUGCGCCUGCCCAGCCCCCCGUGCCCCCUCCCAGCAUGAAGAAGUAUGAAGAGCCUCUGCAGUCCAUGAUCUCCCAGACCCAGAGCCUUGGUGGGCCCAGCCUGGAACACGAGGUGCCACACCACCCAGGUGCUGACAUGGGGCAGCAGAUGAACAUGAUGAUGCAGCGGCUGAACCAAGACAGCCUGACACCAGAGCAAGUGGCCUGGAGGAAGCUGCAGGAAGAGUACUAUGAGGAAAAGCGGCGGAAAGAGGAGCAGAUCAGCAUCCAUGGACGGUCUAUGCAGGAGAUCAUGAUCCCACAGUCAAUGGGGAGCAUGAUGAUGCGUGGGCCCCCGCCACCCUACCACAGCAAGCCUGGAGAGCAGUGGCCACCAGGGAUGGGCAACCAGCUGCGAGGACCCAUAGAUGUGCAAGACCCUAUGCAGCUGCGUGGAGGGCCACCCUUCCCAGGGCCACGUUUCCCUGGGAAUCAAAUGCAGAGAGUCUCUGGCUUUGGAGGGCCCAUGCAGAGCAUGUCCUUGGAUGCUCUUGGCCCCAUGAACGCCAUGCAGAGGCCAGUCAGGCCCAGCAUGGGAUGGAGCGAUGAUAUGCCUCCUAUGGGAGGCCCUGGGAACUUUCCACAAGGCACCUUGCCCUAUCCAUCAGGGCAAGGGGACCCCGAAAGGUUCAUGAAUCCCCGUGCCAGAGAGGAGAUCCUGCGGCAUCAGCUGAUGGAGAAACGCCCGGUGGCGAUGCAGAGGCCCAUGGGGAUGUCCGGCACCUCGAUGAGCCAGGGCAUGGAAAUGGAGAGGAUGAUACAGGCUCACAGGCAGAUGGACCCAUCCAUGUUUGCUGGGCAGAUAACGGGUGACAGUCUGAGCAGUGCCCCACUGGGAAUGGACUUUGCAGGCACUCGGGGAAUGCUGAGCCCCCCGAUGAGUCAGUCAGGUCUUCGGGACAUGGACGCACCCAUGGGCCCUGGCAACCUCAACAUGAAUAUGAAUGUCAACAUGAACAUGAACAUGAACCUUAACGUCCAGAUGACCCCACAACAGCAGAUGAUGAUGUCGCAGAAGAUGAGGGGCCCUGAUAUGAUGGCCCACCAAGGCAUGAGCCCCGAGGAGCUGGCCAGGGCAAGGGCUCAGAAUGGCAAUGGCAGUGCAAUGCUGGGGGGACCCCAGAAAAUGGUAAUUCCCUCCCAGUUCCCCAACCAAGGACAGCAAGGCUUCUCGAGUGGGCAAGGGCCAUAUCCCAACAUGCCCCAGGAGAUGGGUAGUGGCUCAGACAUGUUCAGCCCUGAGCAGAACACCAUGCCCGUUGGCAGCAUCGGUGGCACCACCAGGCUCAGCCACAUCCCUCUGCCUCCAGCCUCCAAUCCUGCUCCCACGCAGGCCAACAUGCACCCAGCACCUUCUCGGGGACUGGGUCGCCGGCCCUCUGACCUCACCAUCAACAUCAGCCAGAUGAACUCCCCUAGCAUGGGUCACCUCAAGUCUCCCACCCUCAGCCAGGUGCACUCGCCACUGGUCACCUCUCCCUCUGCCAACCUCAAAUCCCCACAGACUCCCUCGCAGAUGGUCAGCAUGCCACCUUCAAACCAGUCUGGACCCCUCAAGUCCCCCCAAGUGAUGAGCUCCUCGCUGAAUGUCCGGUCUCCAACUGGCUCACCAAGCCGCCUGAAGUCCCCUUCUAUGACUGUUCCUUCCCCUGGUUGGGUGCCAUCUCCCAAAGCUACCAUGUCCAGCCCAGGAGUCAACCAUAGCAAGCAGACUCUCAGCAUGAGCUCCUCUACUUCCAUGGGAGGACUGGAUCAGGGUACGCCAGGUUCUCUCUCCUCUGGGCCUCGGAACAGCUCCUCUGCACCAGCCAGUAACACCUCUAGCGCCAUGAAUCCCAACAUGCCUUUUACUUCCUCUCCAGAUCCAUCCCCCUCCCAGAACCCCCUCUCACUGAUGAUGUCCCAGAUGUCCAAGUAUGCUAUGCCCAGCUCCACACCACUUUACCACAAUGCCAUCAAAACCAUUGCCACUUCUGAUGAUGAGCUGUUGCCAGACAGGCCUCUGCUCCCCCCUGGAAGCAUGUCAGGUGUGGCAGGGAAUCAGCCGAAUCAACUGCACUUGAACUCUGUGGGGCCAGGGUCCUCUCAGAGCCCCAUGGGAAUGAACCUGCCUGGUCAGCAACCCCUUUCUCAUGAACCACCACCCACUUCCAUGAUGUCCUCCCCAAACCCUCUGGGCUCCAACAUUCCUAUGCACCCGAGUGCACCAGGGGCAGGUGUGCCCACCCAGAACCCCAUGAUGCUGCCCCCAGGGCCCCAGGACGGCUUGAACCAGCAGUGUGGCCCCGUGCCCAACAGCUCACAGAUGAUUCCUUCCAACCAGCUGGUGUUCCCCCGCAUGCAGCAGCCUCACAACCCCAUGUCGUCUCCUGCCGGAGGCAUGCCCAUAGCCCCCGGUGGGGGAGGUGGCCCUGGCAUGCAGCAGCAUUACCCACCAGGGAUGCCCUUACCGCCUGAGGACCUUCCCUCGCAGCAGCCUGGCCAGAUGCCCCCUCAGCAGCACAUGAUGGGCAAGAACAUCCCACCUCGGAUCAGUGAGCCCUACCCACCUGUGCUUCCAGGGGUGGCAUCGGUGUUGAACGACCCCGAGCUCAGCGAGGUCAUCCGCCCCACGCCCACGGGCAUCCCCGAGUUUGACCUGUCCAGGAUCAUCCCAUCGGAGAAGCCAAGCAGCACCUUGCAGUAUUUCCCCAAGAGUGACAACCAAGCACCCAAAUCACAGCCUUCCAACCUCCACCUCAUGAACCUGCAGAACAUGAUGGCUGACCAGCCCCCAGUGCGGCCAGGUAUGAAUGCCCCCAGCCUCCCUGGGCAGCAGGGUGUGCAGAGGGGACUCACUAUGCCUAUGUGCCAUCCUGGACAAGUGCCCAUGCUGGGCAGGACAGGCAUACCGCCCCAGCAAGGCAUGAUGGGCAACAGCAUGCACCAGGGCAUGAUGUCUCCACAGCAGAGCCUGAUGGCCCAGCAGAAUUUCAUGCUGAUGCAGGCCAAGCAGAGGAGCAUGUCAGUGUCGGGGGAGAUGUAUGCGCAGACAGGACACAUGAUGUCACCUCAGGGCUCUCUCAUGGGGCCCCCGCCUCAGCAGAACCUCAUGGUCACACACCAGAUGAGGCAGAGGAGUGUCUCCCUGGACAGCCAGAUGAGUUACAUCCCCGGGCCUGGGAACAUGGCAAACCUGCCCUUCUGACCCCAGCUGGUGCUCGGGGGCGGGAGCGGACAGGGCUGCCUGUACAAAUGUUUUUAAACCUUUCUUCGGGGGAGGGUUGGGGGCCAAUGCAGGUGGAGGACACCACAUGGGAUGCUUUUCAUAUCGGAUUCACCUCUACACAGAAAAACAGAUGUGCAGUAAACUUGAUGUGAAUUGGGUUUCUUUCUGCAUUCUUUUUUGGAGAAGGGGAGGGUGGAGGGGCUGGGAGUGGGGCUGUUACUUUGAACCCUGCGUGGUGACCAGGGACAUCCAAACCCUGUGGCAGUUUGUAAAGCUUUCAUUUGUGGUUUCCUCUGUGAAGUGUUUUUCCUUUCCCUUUCCCCCCUCGCUCUCUCUUUUUCUUUUUUAUUUUUUUUUUUAAUUAUUAUUAUUUUUAAGCCACCAAAAUGUGCAAGAGGGUUUUUGGAACUAGCUGUAAAUAGGUCGCUGGGUAAGGCAAAAACUUGUGCUGGUUUUUUAAUUGUUCUGUAUUUCUGUGUUUUAAUAGAAGCCUCAAACCAUGGUUUUUUUAAAGAAAAAAAUCGGAAACAAAAACCAUGCUGAAGGCAACAAUGUACAAGGAUUGAAAGCUUGCACUGGGGGAGGCAGGAGGAUCCCCCAGGGUGCACAGGGCAUGGAGAGAUCCCACUGUGGAGUGAGUGUCAGAGCUGUGCUGUUCCUGUGUCUGAGCAGCUUGCGUGUGCAGGCUGUGUCGCUUCACGCAGAUCUUGGGCCCCUGUAGAGGCUGUGCUGAGUACACAACCAACCACCGAGGACUGCCCAGGAGAUCAGAGCUAUGGCCUCAUGAAGCACUGCUGAAGCUGUCAGUCCUCAUCCAGUGGAGCAGAGGCCACAGCUUCACAGGAUACAGUUCUCACUGUUCUGUGGCAAAACUGCCAUCUCUGGGAUGGGAAGGAUGCCAGCCCUUUGGCUGGAGCAGCAGCGGGGACCUAGGCUUUGCAGAUGAUAAUGUGCUGUACCUGAAGGUCUCAACCAGCUCUGUCAUCUCUAGUCCCUCCUCUUCCUUUCAGGCUGUGUUCCUUAUAGGCAGGGUCAUUUGGUAUGUAGGAACAGAUGGGUGAUGCAUUCUUGUGCUUCCAGGAGAGGUGAUCUGGGAAUCCUGCUCUUCUGUAGCCUUCCUGCACCAGCUCUUUAUCCAUCCAUCCAUCGUCCUCAGCCACUGUGCUGCACCUC